AUGGCUCUUCGUCAUUUGGCAGUUGCCAAACUCAAAACAUUUUUCGUUCUCUGCGCCGCCCUUUUACUCGUUCAUACAAUGAUUUAUAAGGCCCCCUCUCUUUACGAGAACUUCUCAAUUGGUUCAUCCACACUGAUAGCUGACGUAGAUGCGAUGGAAGCAGUUUUGGGAAACACGGCAUCCACUUCAUAUGAUUUGUUGGAUACGUGGAAUUCGACGUUCUCGCCUAUUUCUGAAGUCAAUCAGACGUCUUUUUUAGAAGACGUCCGACCCAUCCUCUUCACUGACAACCAAACGAAGCCAUUUUGUAACCAGACACCUCCACAUCUCGUCGGUCCAAUACGUGUCUUUCUUGAUGAGCCCGAUUUUGCGACACUCGAAAAGAUCUAUCCGGAUGUACAUACAGGAGGGCACGGAAUUCCGGACGAAUGUAUUGCACGUCAUCGAGUCGCAGUUAUUGUUCCGUAUAGAGAUCGAGAAGCGCAUUUGAGAAUAAUGCUUCACAACUUGCACUCACUUCUCGCCAAACAACAACUAGACUAUGCAAUAAUUGUCGUCGAGCAAAUUGCCAAUCAGACAUUUAAUAGGGGAAAGCUCAUGAACGUUGGCUACGACGUCGCGUCUCGUCUGUAUCCGUGGCAGUGUUUCAUUUUUCACGACGUCGAUUUAUUACCGGAGGACGAUCGUAAUCUGUACACGUGUCCGAUCCAGCCACGUCAUAUGAGUGUAGCUAUUGAUAAGUUUGAUUACAAACUUCCCUACUCUACAAUAUUCGGCGGUAUCAGUGCUUUAACACAAGAACAUGUUAAAAAGAUCAAUGGAUUUUCGAAUGAUUUCUGGGGAUGGGGCGGUGAAGAUGACGAUCUAGCAACGCGGACGUCGAUGGCCGGACUCAAAGUUUCCAGAUAUCCUGCACAAAUUGCACGUUAUAAAAUGAUCAAACACUCGACAGAAGCGACGAACCCUGUUAAUAAAUGUCGAUACAAAAUAAUGGGUCAAACAAAACGUCGUUGGACACGUGACGGUCUCAGUUCUCUCAAGUAUAAAUUAGUAAAAUUGGAUCUGAAGCCGUUGUACACGAGAGCAGUUGUCGAUUUACUUGAAAAGGAUUGUCGACGAGAGCUGAGGAAAGAUUUCCCAACGUGUUUCUAA